AUGGAGAAAGCAGAAGGAAGAAAUGGAACGCUCAUUGUGGAAUUCAUCCUCUUAGGUUUUGGGAAUGACCCAGAAUGGCAGCCCCUCCUCUUCUUCGUGUUUCUAGUGAUCUACCUUGUGACUUUGGCCGGAAACCUCCUCAUCCUUGUGCUAGUGGUAGCUGACCAGCACCUUCACACCCCCAUGUACUUCUUCCUGGGGAACUUGGCCUGCUUGGAGAUUUGCUACAGCUCUACCAUUCUUCCCAGGUUUUUGACCAGCCUCCUGACUGGAGACAGAAGCGUUUCUGUGAAGGGCUGCAUCGUGCAAUUGUAUUUCUUUGCUGUCACAUCAGCAACAGAAAAUCUGCUGCUCACAGCCAUGUCGUAUGAUCGGUAUCUAGCAAUCUGCCAUCCCCUUCGCUACACUGCUCUGAUGAACGGCCCGGUUUGCAUCAAGCUCGUGGCAGGGUCUUGGAUAGGUAGCGCUCUCAGCUGUGCCAUAGUAAAUAAUUUCUUGUUCCGAUUAACGUUCUGUCAUUCCAACGAAAUUGACCAUUUCUUCUGUGAAUUUGUGCCAAUGGUAGAGCUGUCCUGUAGCGACACCCAGAUUGUUCAAUUGCUGGGGUUUGUUGUCGCUGUCUUAGGGGCACUGGUGCCCUUUCUGCUCACCCUGGUGUCCUACGUUUGUAUCAUCAGCGCCAUCCUGAAAAUCCCGUCCAACAUCGGGAGGCAAAAGGCCUUUUCCACUUGCUCCUCCCACCUCAUCGUGGUGACGCUUUACUAUGUGAUCGUGAUCGCUGUCUACUUGGUUCCCAUCGUCAGUACUGGGAAGGUAGACCAAAAAAUAUUCUCGGUCUUCUGCACAGUCCUGACUCCCAUGGUCAACCCUGUCAUCUACUGCCUGAGAAACAAGGAGGUCAAAGAAUCCCUGAGAAGAGCUAUUAGUAAAUUGGUUGCUUUGAGAAACAGGCAUAGAAUUUGA